AGCACGCGCAACCUGCAUCAGCACCACACGCCUUGGUCCUGCGCACAGCAGCCGACAUCGACACUUGCUCCAGCAAACAGCAAACUGCCCUCCUGAUAGCCGGCGAGCCUCCGUCGCCCACCCGCCAUCACCAUACUCAUCCUCCGAGGACUCGUGCCAACCCAGAUCCAUAUUCCCGUCCAGAGCACAGGGUUUAUGUAUUCGUCCCACGCCAACGCCUUUCCAGCCGAUCCGCCGCCUGUGCAGCAACCAUUCCGCAUAACGCGAAGACCCCGUAGUAGCGGCCACGAGCGCAACAACGGCUGACUCUCCGUCUGAGACCUUCUAGUUGAAAGAACUUACUCCUGCCAAACCGUCUUCCACAAAGACGACCGCCUCACUGCACGGUAGCAGCAAACGCUUGCUCCCGACUACCGCAUGUCUCUUCGGCCUACAACAUAGACACCGCUCCCGGCACGCUCUCCAACUUGCCCAUUUCACCAUUCCAAUACCGCAACCAUGGCUACUGUCAACAUUCGUCGCGAUGUCGCCGAUCCCUUUUACCGCUACAAGAUGGAGCGCAUCCAGUCCAAGGUAGAGGGCAAGGGUAACGGCAUCAAGACCGUCAUCGUCAACCUGAGCCAGGUGGCCCAUCAACUCGCACGUCCUCCAAACUAUGUCAUCAAGUACUUCGGAUUCGAGCUGGGCGCCCAGACUAACAUUGACCCCAAAGAUGACCGCUGGAUCAUCAACGGCGCUCACGAGGCAGGCAAGCUGCAGGACUACCUCGAUGGCUUCAUCAACAAGUUCGUGCUGUGCAAGGAAUGCAAGAACCCAGAGACCGUCGUCAAUAUCAAGGAUGGCGAGAUUUUGUUCGACUGCAAGGCUUGCGGCAAGAUCAGCAAGGCUGACUUGCGUCACAAGCUGUCGGGCUACAUCUUGAAGGAUGCACCAAAGAAGGGCAAGAAGGACAAGUCCACCAAGAAGGCAGACCGCAAGGCUCGCAAGGAGGCUGAGCGCAACGGCACAGCCGAGAAGGACGGCAGCCCCGGUGACAGCGGCUCUGAUCCUGUCGAUGAGGAAGCUGAGGACGAGGGUAACGCCAGCGACGAUGAUCUUACUAGGAAAAUCAACGCCGAGGCCAAGGAACUCGCCGAAGUUAAGGAGAAAGAAGUCGAAUGGUCCGUGGACAUGUCUGAAGCCGCCGUCAAGGCUCGUGCUCAGGCUCUGCCUGACGAUCUCAAGAACACCCUCGUCAUCGAGAACGGCGAAGACGGAGAAGGCGGCGACAACGUCUAUGAAGAGCUUGGCAAGUGGAUCGAAAGCAAGGCUGAGGAGGAAGGAGGCGUUUCCAAAGUCAAGGAUGUCGACAUCUACUUGAAGGCUAAGGAACUCGGCGUCGAGACCAAGCACCGCACUCCAGCUGUUCUUGCUCAGUGCAUCUUUGACGAUAGCAUUGUCAAGCAGAUCGAGGGUCGUGCAUCCAUGCUCAAGAAGUUGAUCACCUCAGACCGCCACGAGAAGGCAUUCUUGGGUGGCAUUGAGCGCUUCGUCGGCAUUGACAAGCCAAAUCUUAUCCCAUCGGUCAGCGCUAUCCUGCUCAAGGUCUACGAGAACGACCUCGUCUCCGACGACAACCUCAAGGCUUGGUGUGGCAAGGCCAGCAAGAAGUACGUCGACUUGCAGACCUCCCGCAAGGUCCGCAAGAGUGCCGAAAAGUUCCUCGAGUGGCUCGAGAACGCAGAGUCGGACGAAGAGGAAUCUGACGACGAGUAAUGGGAGACUCUUGACUCUACGUUGAUGUCUGGCUGUAACAGAAAUUGUCUGAUCAGAAUGUGAACUCCUCUCCUUGGUGUUUGUGGUGGCUUAGUUAAUUCGGUUUCAUACGAGUACAUCGUACCACACUCCUUGCGCCUACACACGGUCUUCACAUGGUCUUCCUCUCUGCUGUUACCUCGUGCUUGUUGUCCGUGUUCAAAUGUCCCGCUCAGAUGCUUGGCAGUCCCCAACUUCAGUUCGUAGUUAACUCCACAUUACUCCCA